AGUUUACCUAUAACACAUUUAGUUUAACAGCAUGUCUUGCUAUGGAAAGUUCAAUAUCUGUAUGGAAUAAAUGUUAUGGAAAACAAGCGCGUUUGAAAGAAACAAGUAGUUACGAUAACCACCAAGAAGUACAUUAUAAAGUAAUUGUGACCGUGUUGGGAGGUGUAGCGGUGCUGCUUCUCUCUUUGAUACUCUUGGUUGGAGGAUUUAUUUCCUUGGAAACGGGAUAUAGCACUACUGGAUAUUAUAACAAUUUUGUUCAACAGUUUUCAGUUCCUUGUGAUGAUCUUUCAUUAAGUCCAGAUGAGGAUUUCGACUUAUUCAACAUAAACAGGCACAAAUUCAGAUACUCAGUUAAUAACGACGGGUAUAUUUGCACAUUCAGAAACGUCACAGAAGUGAUACUAAAGUUUGUUCAACGUAUUGGGCGACUUAGACUUUCACAGGGACUAGAGAGUCAACUAUAUCUUCAGUGUGGAAACAGCACUCUUAAAUCAUCAUCUGGACAUUUGACUGCAACAUUCUCUAAAGUCUCAAGGCACCCAACGUACAAAGGACAAGGGUUUGAUCAAACAAUAUUUUGGGACAAACACUCUUCAAGUGCAUUUAUUUCGGAAAAUUUAGAAUACCACAAAGGAAAACUACGAGUGCCAGAAGGUCGAAUUUACUUUGUUUAUGCAGCUGUGCAAUUCAACAUUAGCACUGUUACUGCGAAAAAGAGUCUUGUUACAAACAAACAGUGGAAAGUCUCUCUUCGAAUAUGUGUGAGCAGCAGAGGACACGAGCGCACGAUACUUUACAAAUCAAAAAUUUUCAACAGAAGCGAAAUAGACAUUACUUCAUCCCUAAACGUUGGGAGUCACGUAUUUCUUGCAAAAGAAGAAGACGUUUACGUAAAAGUAUCAAAUGCAGAAGGACUUAUUCAGAACUCGGAGGGAAACUCCUUUGGAAUAUUUCCAAUGCAUUAAGUCUAUAAAUGUAAAACAUGUCAAUGUUUCUGCAAAUGUAAAAGAACAACAUAUAAAGGCUCGUUUAUAUUUUCAUUAAAUAAAGAUAUGGAGUGAAAACUGCUUUCUCAGGCCGUCAAAGCUGCUGCUAAAAUGCCCAAGUCGUCUUCGAGAACAAUUAUGUUUGUCCUUGCAUGUUAGGUAUUGCAACAAAGUAAAGAAAUACACACCGAAAUAUCCUUAUGUUACCGGCUCUAUCCUAAUCUCUUGCUUAAUAUUAUUGUUUUGUAUCAAAACAUGAGAUACAAUAAAUAUUCUUUGAAUCUAGCAUAUUAACAUGCUUUGUCCAAUAGACUGUAUUACCUUAAAAACUUUGGGCAUAAUUUGAUUAAAGGUCCAAUACUAAGGAAAGUGAACAUUUUAAUUUCUUUUCAAAAGCACAGAAACUAUUUCAUUUUAUUGGAAAAUGAAAGUUGGUAUGUAGAAAUUCGAAAUAAAUCGCAGUAUAUGUACAAUUAUUUUUCUAUGAAGUAUGAAGAAAGUUAAAAAGACUUGGGGGGGGGGUCAUUCUGUCGAUUCAUUGAAAUUUCAACAUAAUACACAUACAUUUCUUUGAGUUCCAAAGACCUUCUGUAAAUUUUGACCUGCCAAUCUUCAUUAUUUAGUGUCUUGCAGAAGUCUAUGCACUGGCUAUGAAAAAAAUUGCCAACUCACUUUCCCUUAGUAAUGGACCUUUAAACAUGUGGAAUCUUUAUUUCAUCAAUAACGUUUAAUGAUCUGUUUUUGGAAAGCGCUCAGCGAUCUGUUUUUGAAAUGCAUUCCAUGUAACCAUCAAAAUUUGUAUCUUC